CUGGAAGAUCAUCCGUUUCCUUUAAGCACCCCAAUGUAGAUGAAGAUGUCAUAUGCAGUGUUUGGGGUUCGGGAUUCAUCCAAAAAGAGUGCAUGGACGUACCUAUCAUUGGACCCAUCUCUAGGGUGAUGUUUGGAGGCGUUUGUCCUGGUACAUUGAGCCUCUCCUGACUCCCAACACACAAGCACCCUGAUCUUGUAACAAGUCACAGGUUUGUGUUUUGUACUGCUUGGAGGCUGCGGAUCUCGCUGGAAAGCAAAUCAUAUAUUCCGGACAGUUGUCUCUUUCUUCAAAAUUCCAUGGAGGCCUUGGCUAGCCGAGCAGGUACAGAUUCUGGUGACAUCUACAGAAGCUGGUCUUUUGGUGCUUCAGCCUCGCUCACCAACGCCUCGCGCCACAGUCGCCAACGAUUCCAGCGAAGGACGAGCAUUCCUAUUCUCUGCACACGCAGACGCAAGAAGACCUUCGCCGACCUUCGCGGGACGAGCAAGUCCAUGUUGGACGACUGGUCAGACCUUUGUUGGACGACUCUGCGGGAAGAUGGAGUUGAAAACAACCGCUGGACCAAGCGGACAACUGUUGUCUAUGGCCAGGCGGAACAGACCCGCGAACAGACGUUGACCUAUGUUGUCUUCUCACUGACUCCGGUGUUUUGCGACUUGACAUGUUUUGAUCCAGGGGCAUGGCUUCUCACCUCCUGAUUUCGGGCGUGUGUAUGCCGAGCCAAACAGAUUUUGUGUAGUGAUCUGGAAAAACAGCUUGUGCCGUGGAAGAAUCCUAGACCAUCCUAGACCUCUGCCAGACAUUUUGGGUGACUAUUUAUGCAUGGCUUCGUUCCAAACUAGGACCAGCCAGUCUUUUUCAAUCUGACUCAAUUUGUGGAGUCCCUAAAAGUGACCUCCAACUGUGCCGGAUCAAGUGUCACGAACUGAAGAACAUCAGUUACCUUGAAGCUCGAAGCCUGGUUACGGCCUGUCGGUCACGUUGCCACACCAUGGAGGUUUUAGGAGCUUGCAAGCACCGCAGGUCUUCAGGUGACGACUCGUCAAGUGUCUUCAUCACCCGAUGUCGAUCCGGACCGGGGACACACACUACCGGUCACGACCGGUCCACCAGAUUUCCAAGACUCAGAUACCAUGGGAGACCUACGCA